UCAACGAAGUCAGUGUUCGUUCAAUUCAGCAACAGCCUAGUCAUGAAAGUGUUCUAUUUUUUACUAAUCAUUUGGUUGGUAACUGGAUUCGCCCACGGCUCUAAAUACGAAUGUAGUUCACGGAAGCCUUGCACCAUUCGAGAUGUAGUUCUGGUAUCGGAAGUGGAUUUGCAGGAGGUCAUCCUUCCCGACAUCAGUGACCCACUGAUCAUCGCAUCCGGAAAUAUUCCACACUUCACCCGACAACUGGCAGAGAAAUUGGAUCGCAUCGUGGAUCUGACGAUCAACCGUGUGGAGUGCGAAACGUUGUUCAUACGACCGGAAAUGAUCCACCUGGAGGCGACCAACAACCGAAUCCGAUCACUUCUGGUUGAUGACAGCGUGGUGGAACGUGGUUACGGUUUGAUUUCGUUGAAUUUAACCAACAAUGCUCUGAUCGAUGUCGACGUGGUGUCCCGAUUUACGAAGUUACGUUUGUUGACCCUGGACGGGAACGAACUGGAGCUUCUGUCGAUGGAUUCCUUUGCCCGGCUGUCGGAUCUACGGCAACUUUCGAUCGCAAACAAUAAACUGCACACCGUUGAAACCAGUGGACAGUUUCAGCUGGAUAAGCUGCAGUAUUUGUCAUUGGCUGGAAAUCAAUUGUUUGAGUUGAAUGUUGAAAAGUGGGAACUCGCUUCACUCGGGGAACUCGACUUAGCCAACAAUAAACUGUACCUGAUCGGUGGCAGUUUGGAGCAAUUCAAACGGCUUAAAGCGGCCAGGAUCGCCGGAAAUUACUGGAAGUGCGAACAGUUAAUGAUCAUGUUUCGACUUUCGUCGGCGGUGCUGAGUGAUAAGGAUUCCCCGGAUCGGUGCAACAUUGAGGGCCUGACAGUCGUUCAUGGCAUUUGUUGUGAAAAGGAUGCUCUAAAAAUUUUAGCUGGUUCCGAACCGGAUUUGUUCAGUGACAAGUGGGACCAACUACAGAACUUGAGUCAAGUUGUUCAAGAGAUCAGUGUCGCAUUUGACGAGCAUAGGAAGGAGGCUGACAAGGAAGCAGUCACCAAAGAAUCUAGCGUAGAGAAGCGAUUUGCGAUGAUAGAAGAUCAAAUUAAGAAACUCGACAAGCAGAUUGCCGAGAAAGAAUCUCAAGUGGCAUUGAAUGAGACAAACGAAUUAAAGAGCAUUCUUACCUUCCAUCGGAACGAUAUCUCAGGAAUAGCGAAAAAACAGUCGGAACUAAGUGAUGAAUUGGAAAGUGUGGUCGAUCGACUCAACUCGAUGCGGGAAACUUUGGAGACGAGGUUUACGGCGCUGACCGAAUUCGUAGAGAAGACCAAUAAGAUGGGAACAGUUGUCACAAGUGGAAGCAAACCGGAACAGCUGUCACAAGUGGAAGCAAAGAUCAAACAGCUGGAAAAUCAACAGUUGAAGUAUCAUUUGUCCAGUGUAGAUCUGAAAAGUCAGAUCAAUACGGAACGCGGGCGGGUCAACGAUGUUCUGAAGCAGUUCCACACGAUGACUCGAGAGACGGAACUUUUGCGAAAUCAAGUUAAUCUGGCACAAGAACGAAUCAGUAUGAUGACAAGGAUUCUCGAUGAAAUAGCCAUCAUUGACGAGUGAGUAGAAUAGAUUAAACACAUUUCAAAAAACAACUGAA